AUGGCCCCCUCUAAUCUGCCCAACACCAACGAGUUCGAGAACGUCAACAGCCCCGAAGUCGAGAAGUUUCCAAAUCGCCUGCCCGAUCGCCCUGGCGAGAAAAAGUCAUAUCUCAGCACCAUCAUCUGCAAUAACAAAUCCCGCAUCAUUGUUUGCCUUGUCUGCUUCCUGGCGAUGAUUGGAGGCACAGUAGCUGCCGCUAUGUUCAUCAGUCAAAGUAUGGAGAGCAUCCAGCAAGGACAAGCUGUGUUGUCUGCGAUAUCCUCGUCGCCGACAACAACGGCAACACCGACACCGCUGCAGUCUACUAUGACGAAGACGACGAUGGUCACUCAGACUUCUGUUGUGACGGGCCAAAUCACAAUCACUAUCUCUGGACUACAGUCAACUAUCUAUGCCAUUGCGACUGCACCUCCUGCGCCAGCUAUCGCCUGCCAUACUGGAGAUACUAGAGUGACGUGCGGAAGCCUAGCUUCACAGCCAGAAUAG